UUCGGGAAUAGGGGAGUAUCACGUUUUCUUCCUUGAGAAAAUUGCCUGGGCGAGAGAGUGGAGUUGAGCUAAUUGUAGCCUAAUCCUUGGCCCAGAGGCGCUUGGGCAGCCCGGAGCAAGAAUUUUCUUUUUUAGCUCUGCUCUGUUAUUUAGAGACGGAUUAUUGGCUUUCUUCUUCUCAUAACAAACCACAGGGGCAGUUUCAUUUAGGCAAAAAGGCAGACAAGAAGCUGAAAUACGAAGCAGGAUUUCAACAAGAGCGCACAUUUUUUUACGCGUAUCCAAAUAAGAGCAGAGAAGGGGAAGGAGAUCAUCUCAUCUAUGUUCAAGGAGGGAAGAAGCAUGUCACGGCUGUCUCUGACCCGGUCCCCGGUCUCUCCCCUGGCCGCCCAAGGGAUCCCUCUGCCGGCUCAGCUGACCAAGGCGAACGCCCCGGUCCACAUUGAUGUCGGGGGACACAUGUACACAAGCAGCCUGGCCACCCUCACCAAGUACCCAGACUCCAGAAUCAGUCGUCUGUUCAAUGGCACCGAGCCCAUCGUGUUGGACAGCUUGAAGCAGCACUACUUCAUAGAUCGGGAUGGCGAGAUAUUCCGCUACAUUCUCAGUUUCCUCAGGACCAGCAAACUGCUCCUUCCAGAUGACUUCAAGGACUUCCACCUGCUGUAUGAAGAGGCACGUUAUUACCAGCUGACACCCAUGAUUAAGGAGCUGGAGCGCUGGAAGCAGGAGCGUGAGCAACGAAGGAUGGCACAGCCAUGUGACUGCCUCGUGGUCCGAGUCACGCCCGAUCUGGGCGAGAGGAUCGCCCUCAGUGGGGAGAAGGUCCUCAUCGAAGAGAUCUUCCCUGAGACCGGAGACGUAAUGUGCAACUCGGUCAAUGCUGGCUGGAACCAGGACCCAACACACGUCAUCCGCUUCCCCCUCAACGGCUACUGCAGGCUCAACUCCGUCCAGGUUCUGGAGCGCCUUUUCCAGAAAGGUUUUAGUGUGGCGGCGUCUUGUGGAGGCGGAGUGGACUCCUCCCAGUUCAGCGAGUACGUACUGUGUCGCGAGGACCGGCGGAGUCUCUCCAUCAACACGCCCAUCAGGAUAAAACAGGAACCCCUGGACUAGAGCUCUCUGGGAGAGGGACUGUCCAAGAGAGUGCCCCCCCCCCCCCCACUAC